AUGAGGGCAUUAAGGACACUUAAAUUAUUCGAUAAGCUGCAGCAGCAGCAGCAGCAGCAGCAGCAGCAGCAGCAGCAGCAGAGCAGCAGCAGCAGCAGUAGUAGUAGUAGUAGUAGCAGUAGUAGUAGUGGUGCGAAUACUGGUGGGAAACAUUACAAACACGGUGCUGCUGCUGCCUCUGCUGCUGCUGCUGCUAGCGGUGGUGGUGAUGCAGCAGCAGCAGCAGCUAAUAGUUUGCUGCUUAAUGGUACUAAUCAGCAGCAGCAGCAGCAGCAGCAGGAUAUGGAUCUUGCGGGAGCACAAGCUGCUGCUGCAGCAACAGCAGCAGAUGAUGAUGAUGAUGAUGACGAUGAUGAACUCAACGGAGAGCAAGAGGGACCUCAUUCCCCCAAGAGGCGGAAGAAGGAAGUUGAUGUAUUUAGUUUAAGUUGUCUUCCUGCUGAGAAGUUGAGGAAAGCAGCGCGACGUUUGCUGCGAACGGAGAGACGAUCAUUAAAACAGCUAAAGAGGCUAGCUAAGGAAGCAGCAGCAGCAGCAGCAGCAGCAGCAGCAGCAGCAGCAGGAACAGCAGCAGAUGGUAGCAACAACAACAAUCCAGAUAUGCAUAAAGCAGCAGUAGCGGCAUGUCUGCCCUCUAUUACAGCUACAUUGCAGCUGCAGUUGCUGCCAUUAGGUGAAGGUACACCCCAAUACCAACGAGUUGAAUCUGCUGCUUGGGCAUAUGUUUCUUCUAUUGCUGGUAUUCCUGCUGAUGAGCUGCAGCAGAUGGGGCUUGCUGCACUGCAGCAGCAGCAGCAGGAAUGCCUCCAAGGUGUACCACCAGCAGUAGCAUCUGUCCCUACCUCAUCAGCAGCAGUUAAUGAAGAAUGUGAGUUGCUGCAGCAGCAGCAGCUGCUGCUGCAGCAACAGAUUCAGCAGCAUCAGCAGCUGCUUGAUCAGCAACAGUUGCUGCACGAGCAGCAGCAGCAACUGCUAGAGCAGCAGCAGCAGCAGCAGCAGCAGCAGCAAGAUAUUACCAGCAACGCAGAGCUUCCCCCUCUAACGCUUAACCAGCAGGAGGAAGCAGCAGCAACAGCAGCAGCAGCUACUGCUGCUGCAGCACCUGCUGCUGCAGCAACAGCAGCAGCUUUUGAUGUUUGUCAAGAUGCAGCAGCAGAACAACACAGUGAAUGCACAGACGUACUUACAGCUUCUGGGGUACCCGACGAAGCAGCAGCAGCAGCAGCAGCAACGGAAGCAACAACAGCAGAAGCAGCAACUGUUGCUUCUGCUGCUGCUCCUCCUCAGGAAGAAGCAGAGUCUAUGCAGCAGCUACCUGCAGCAUCAGGCCCCUUAUUAAUGGGCAAUUAA